UAUAGAUUCGCCUUGAGUGAGACGCUAAAUGCAUAGAAAUUUGUUCUUGCGUUAAUGUAAAUUUUAGAAUUACCUCUCUGCCUCUUUCGAAUAAAUAAAAUGAGCUAUUCAUUCAUCAAAUAUUGCCGCUGUGAUUUUCAGUAUUAAUUGCCCAGAACGAAAAGAGAUUUCUCCAUACGCAAUAGAUAGCGAAAUGGUUUAACCGGACUAAGUGUCGAGUCGAGCACCUGGACGUCCUAAAGUCCAAUCGAGGGAAAUAUAGCAAUUUCGGAACAAAAUGGUUGCACAAUCUAAACUAAGCCAAGUCUUUAGUUAUCAAUCUUGGGUGCAUGCCGUGUCAGGCGCAGCGGGCGGAUGCAUUGCGAUGAGCGCAUUCUAUCCACUUGACACAGUGCGUUCAAGAUUACAACUUGAAGAUCCGGAUAAAAUUGGAGAAGCCCGAAGCACCACAAAAGUUAUCAAAGAUAUAAUAUUUGGUGAAGGCUUUCAGGCUUUGUAUCGCGGUUUAGGACCAGUACUGCAAAGCCUGUGCAUUUCUAAUUUUGUAUAUUUCUACACAUUUCACAGUUUAAAAGCUAUAGUUUCUGAUGAUAAACAGCAGUCUGCUUUAAAAGAUCUUUUCUUGGGCUCAGUUGCCGGCAUUAUAAAUGUUCUAUGCACCACUCCUUUUUGGGUUGUUAAUACGCGUGUGCGGAUGCGUAAUGUAGCUGGUACAUCAGACGAUGUUAACAAAUACUAUAAAAACUUGGUCAGUGGACUUGUGUAUGUCGCCAAAACUGAAGGCAUUCGUGGUUUGUGGUCUGGCACAGUAGCAUCGCUAAUUCUUGUCACUAAUCCGGCUUUGCAAUUUAUGAUGUACGAACUACUGAAACGCAAUAUCUCGAAAUUCAGAGGAAAAGAGCUAUCGAGUUUAGGUUUCUUUGUCAUAGGUGCCCUUGCCAAAGCAUUUGCUACUUUACUGACUUAUCCACUGCAAUUGAUUCAAACAAAACAACGCCAUCACACAAGGAAGUCAUCCGCCGCAGAACAAUAUUCAAACGACGGUGCCAGUAUGAUUGAAAUAAUGCUGAGCAUACUACAGCAUAAUGGUUUUAAGGGGCUUUUCCGCGGCUUGGAAGCGAAAAUACUGCAAACAGUGCUAACUGCUGCCCUCAUGUUUAUGGUUUAUGAGAAGAUUGCAUCUACUGUUGGUGUUUUGUUAAAAACAUCAUCGGCUGCUGCGCGAAAAUAGAGUGUAAACUUGCCUAAUUUAUAAAUCUUUAAUUUAGUUUUCUAUUGGGUGUGAUUGAUAUAUAUAUAUAUAUAUUUAUUUAAAUUAAACUGGCUUUAAGUGUUAAAUAAUAUAAUUUCUUGGAUUUAAAAACAAAUGUAAAUACAACUCUGUUGGAAAUAAUUGCAGUGGUAUAUAGUCAAAAUUACUACCAAAGAAAAAACGAGAUUUCAUUUAUGACUUUUGUUUGUUUUAUUUUCUGAUGUUAAAGCU